AUGAAAAGAGGGUCAGGCAAACCUAGCAAUGUCAAAAGUUCUAAUGACCAGAAACUUUCUUUGAAGCAGAAAUCGAUUGCUUCUUUCUUUAAUAGGAGCAAUCGUGUUAAGGAAGAGGUGGUACACGAGGCUAGAAAGAAAGAGCAACAUGUCGUAGUGAUUCAAGAUUCCAUCCAGGAAACUCGUCAAACUAUUAUUAAUUCGAAAACUACUAUAUCAAAUAGGAAUGUGAAUUCGAAAUCAUCAAUGUUAUUCAAUUCUCAAGGUUCGUUCGACGAAGAGUGUGACCCAGAUUCAGAAUUCAAGAAAUUGAUUAAAGGUCAAACUUUUAAUAAUUUUAAAAGAAGUGGUACUCCUACGAGAGUUCCUUUAUUACAAAGGUCGAAUUCUUCUACUGUAUCCCAUACAAUGAUACAAGAUGAGGAAUCAGGUACUUUCAAUUCAAUUACUUCUUAUACCUCGAAUAAUAGUAGUUCAAGACAAUUAUCUUUCACUAGAAACUUGGAUCUAGAUAGUAGUGAUUUCUCAGAAUCGCAAACUAGUACUCAAUUCUCAUCUUCACAAGAUUCGACUAUUUCUGGUAGUAAUCCGUUGAAAAGACAUUCUUUCCAUGGGUUGAACUUAAGUUCUCAUAAAAGAAUAAAGCCUAUUAAACGUGAAAAAUCAAUAUUAGGUGGUUCUGUUACAUCUGCUAGGAAGCCAACAACUUCAUUAGUACAGUUGACAAAAGAACAAGAAACUGUGGUAGAAUACAUUGUAAGAAGAAGAAUGAACGUAUUCUAUACAGGUUCUGCAGGUACUGGUAAGUCUAUUAUUCUUAGAAAUGUAAUAGAAAGGUUAACUCAACUUUAUGGGAAAGAAUACGUCGCAAUAACUGCAUCAACGGGUCUGGCAGCAACAACCAUCGGCGGUGUCACUUUACAUAGAUGGGCGGGGAUCGGUAUUGGUACAGGUGCUAUCGAUAGGAUAUUGAGUAGAAUUCAAAGAAAAUUUGAUCUGUUGGCUUCAUGGAGGAAUACAAGAGUCUUGAUUAUUGAUGAAAUUUCAAUGAUUGAUGGGAAGUUUUUAGAUAAACUAGAAGAACUUGCAAGAAGAAUUAGGAAAAACAAUAAACCAUUUGGUGGCAUUCAGUUAGUACUUACAGGUGAUUUCUUUCAAUUACCUCCUGUACCAAAACGAGAAAUUAAUGAAUUGUCACAAUUUUGUUUUGAAAGUAAAAUGUGGCCAACCUGCAUUCAAAAGACAAUUCUACUAACAAAAGUUUUUAGACAACAAGAUAACGAAUUAAUCGAAAUCUUAAAUUCUAUCAGAUUUGGUGAAAUUCAGCCAGCUAUGGUAAAGACGAUUAGAUCUUUAAAUAGAGAAAUAAAUUACGAAGAUGGAAUUCGACCAACCGAAUUAUAUGCCACUAGAAGGGAAGUCGAAGCAUCUAACUCUAGGCAAUUGCAAUCAUUACCAGGCAAAUUAUAUGAGUUUGUUAGCAUUGAUGUAGCUCCAAAAGAGUACAUGGACCUUUUAGACAGUUCUGUGAUGGUAGAAAAAGUAAUAACAUUAAAAGAAGAUGCUCAAGUUAUGAUGUUAAGGAACAAACCUGAAUCUGAAUUAGUUAAUGGUUCAUUGGGUAAGGUAUUAUUUUUCAUUCCCCAGAAGCUUGAAAAAAAAAUGAACGAUUUAUACAGGUACAUGGAUGAAGAAGCGAUUAGAGACAUGAGAUUAGUGAGUAAAGUUAUUGGAAAACCCGUAUAUAGAGAGUCGAAUGAGUUCAAAAACGAAUUAAAUCAAAGACCAAUGUCAAGAUUAGAAAGAUUAGAAACAAUGAUAAACAUAGCAGUGACAAUUUCAGAAAAAGAACCUGUAUUUCCACUAAUUAGAUGGACAAUUACAACAACAAGAUUCCAUCAUGAAUUGAUGUUACCAGAUAAUUUUGUAGUUGAUUUACCAGGUAGUAAUACCGGGCUGCAAAGAACGCAAUUACCAAUUAUGUUGUGUUGGGCCCUAUCGAUCCACAAAUCACAAGGACAAACAAUCCAACGUCUGAAAGUAGACCUAAGCAAUAUUUUCGAAGCUGGUCAAGUGUACGUUGCCCUGUCAAGAGCAACAUCAAAAGAGAACCUACAAGUAGUAAAUUUUAAUCCAAAAAGAAUAAGAGCUAAUGAAAAGGUGAAAACUUUCUACAAAAAACUAGAUGUAGUAAAAUAA